AUGCGGAUCUCACCCUUGCUGGCUGGUGGACUUUUACUCGCUCUGCUCUCUGUCAGGCUGGAGGCGAAGCCGGUGUCUCAGCUCCCACAGAAGGCCUCCCGCGGCUCGGCAGCGGCGGCGGGUCCGCCCGAGGCGGCGGCAGCGGAGCGGGACAAGGAGCGGAACAAGGAGCGCAGCAGCAGCAGCAGCGGCGGCGGCGGCGGGUCCGGCCCACGGGAGGCUCGAGAAGUGCGGGUCGAGGCGAGACCGCGGCCGGGCUGGACGCGGCUGUUGCAGGACCCGCCGGGCCGCCGCCACAAGGGCCUCCACAAGAAGGGGAUGGGGAAGGGCUGCUUCGGCCUCAAGUUGGACCGCAUCGGCUCCAUGAGCGGCCUCGGAUGCUGA